CAGACUGGGAGGGUGUCUCUUGACUAUGUGUGGAGAUCCUUCUGAGCUCUUCUCUUGAGAUGCAUUUGUCAGAUCUGGCUUCUCUUGCAUGAUACUUGUUCCAAGUCCAAAGUCAUCAUCAUCGAGUGAAUCUGAACACUCAACAAUACCCUCAUCAAAUAUUACAUUGGCGGACUCCUCAACCUUGAGGGUCCGCUUGUUAAAAACCCUGUAUGCCUUACUUGAAUUUGAGUAUCCUAAGAAUACUGAUUCAUCAGAUCUGGCAUCGAACUUCCCUAGGUUAUCCUUAGUAUUCAGGACAUAACAUUUACACCCAAAGGGGUGGAGAUAUCCUAAAUUAGGCUUCCUUCCUUUCCA